UAAAGCUUGAAAUGAGUUGCUCUUGUAUUAACCUGUGACCAGUUUUGUUCAUUGGGUGUAUAUUGAACUCUUUCUUCCUUUUCCAGAUCAGAAAAAAGAAACAGCAUCUCCUCACAUGCCACUAAACGAGGACAAGAGGAACAGAGAACCAGCUGCACAUGAUGACCAAACAGAAGCUUCUGGAGUCGGGCCGCCACCCAAUCCCAUCAUCCCGGUCCCAGCCCGGUCCCGUCGCUCUACUGCAGACUCCCAGUGCAGCCUGCGCUCCAUCCUGCUGCAGGUUCGGAACCUCGGGCUGGGCUACGACUCGGACGAGACCGUCCUCUUCAAGUACUGCAGCGGGACGUGUCCCCACGUCCGUUCCAACCACGACCUCACCCUCACCAACCUGCUGGUGAGCGGGGUGCUGCCUCAGCCAGCACCUGGGGAACUAUGGCACAACACGCCCUGCUGCAGGCCCACCAACCACGAGGACAUGGCCUUCCUCGAUAACUCGCACCGCUGGCACAAGGUGGAGAAGCUGUCGGCCGCGGGCUGCAGCUGUGUUGGCUAG